ACCGACCUCCACUUCCCCGGGGAACAUCGCUGGCAUCAUCUGACUCUCACGUCACAUUACCCAAGGUUGGGCUCCACUGGAACUGCUGUUGCUGCUUUGUUCGUUCGCUUGAGCGAAGAUAUGAGAUUCGCACAUAUCCCCCGCAGUUGAUCAGAACAUGGACGUCAGCCAUCCAAAGCUCCAUCUCUACUCGCUCCCGAAUGAAGUUCUCGUUCAGAUUCUCUCCUCCUUCUCGACGCGCUCUCUCAUUCCUUGGGCCACGGUUUCCCACCGCUUCCACGCCCUGAUCCUGCGGAUUCUGCAUUACCGCCUGCUCGUCGGCGCCCCAUUGCAAGAGUACAAGCUCAUCCUAGAAUGUUUUCACCCGAGCUCUAAAUUAAUUGAACCUCACGUUUUCUGUACAUAUCUUGGCACAGACGACUUGAGUAGCUACCAAGGGAAUGGUUCUCUUUAUGAUAAUACCAAUACCGCGCAGCAACUUGGGAGACUGAGCUCGGUAUAUUCUCGAUUUCGCCCUGAAGUGACAGUAGAAGAGAGGUCUAGUGGAACCAGGCUCGUUCCUGUAACAGACGAUGGGCAAGGUUCCGAAGGGGAUAACUUGGUCGUCACGCGCCCUAUCAAUCUAGAGAGCUUUGAGGAUUUCUCUCAGCUAUGCGUGCUUGUGAAUAUAGUGAAAGUGAUGCCAGGAACAAAUCUACUCUUGAGCGCACAUACAGUCGAGGACGGAGUGAUCAGAGUGUUUCGGGAUUGGCUGCGGGAUGAAGAAAAGCGUUUCCGAGAAUAUAUAUCCGAAGGUGCGGGGCACUCGCAAAUGCUGUGGGUUGACCAAAGCAAGAGUGUCGGGAUCAAAGUACGAGUCAGGGGGAAGAGCUUUUUGAACCAGCAACUUCCACUUCUCGUCCAUCGCGACGACGAACAAUUCACGAGCUAUGAAUUGGAUAUUGAAGAACUGCAUAUACGCUCCGUUCGGUUACUAUUGACUUUGGAGAAAUCCCAGGAGGAACAACGGAAUUACUACAAAGCUGUAGUUCUCACCCCGAACCUUGGAUAGCCCAUAGGAGAUAUCAGUGAUACACUCAUAUAUAUGAACUGGAUGUGUCUACCUUUUUUGUCGAUAGCGUUUUUUCAAGAUAAGCAUUCAUAGGAACAGCAAGGACAUUUGUCUACCAGCUUUUCAAU